UGAAAUAAUACAUAGCUGGUUAGUGGUUACCACAUAAAAAAAUUUAAAAAAAAAAAAGAGAGAGAGAACAAAAAAUGCUGGUCACUUGCAAAAUUAAAGUGGAAUAAGUAAAAAAAGAGAGACCACCUAAGGGAAAGACGUGAGAAGCAGAGACCGCUUUCCUCUUUGUCCAAGAUGCGAAAGCGCUCCCUUCUAUCAACUUAUGCAAACGGUAAAGGGACGUAGAUCUCUUUCAGAGUUUCCACGUUUUCUGUGGUUUGAGGAGACGGCUUUUUGGUUUUGAGAUUUGACCAUGGAGUUCUUAGACGAAGAUGCCCGACCCAGAUUCGUCCUCCAAUCGAAGCCUACACCCGAGCCCGCCCAAUCGUCCCAAGAUCCCCCAUCUCUCCGUAAACCCACUCUCUUCAUUUCUCUCACUGUCUCUGCUCUUUUCCUCGCUCUGUCAUUCCUCUACUUCACCUUAGAUCCCUUCCAAUCCCUCUUCAUAUGGUUCUCUCUUUCCCUCCUCGUCGGCCCAUUUGCUCCCCUCUCCCUCACCGCCGGCGACAUCCGGGUCGGCCUUGGCCCACCCCUACCGGAACCCACAAAGGAAACUGAAAUAUCUGAUGAGGUUAGCAAAAGAAGCGGUAGAAGGUCAGUAAAAUCUACAAGGAGACAAGACGGGUCAGGAAAUGGAUCCGGGUCAACCAGGCCGGAUUACGGCUGGGAAGCGGUGGAACAAAAUGGGUUAUCGGUGAAUGGAAAUGGGUCAGUUGCAAAAUUUGAGAAGAGCGGGGGGAAGGUUGUGAAUGAGGAGGUGCAGUGGGAUGCGGGGGAUGACGAGUUGUUGAAGAAGUUGAUGGGGAAGCAUCCGGUAGGGAAGCCGGGACGUUGGGAGGCUGUAGCUGAGGGUUUUAAGGGCAGGCAUAGCGUAGACAGUGUGAUAAAGAGAUCAAAGGAAAUGGGGGAAAAAAAAGUGAGUGACGAGGAUAGUUAUAAGAAGUUUUUGAAGGAUAGGAAGCCGGUGGAUAGGCGAAUCGAGGGGGGAAAUGAGAGUCAUGUUGGAGGAUUGCAGAGCGUUGAAGCGAAGGGAGACAGUAGUGGAUGGAGUGCUGGGGAGGAUUUAGCAUUGCUUAAUGCUCUAAAAUCCUUUCCUAAGGAUGUAGCAAUGAGGUGGGAGAAGAUUGCAGCUGCUGUGCCUGGGAAAACGAAGGCGGCUUGUAUGAAAAGAGUGGCAGAAUUGAAGAAGGAUUUCAGGAGUUCUAAGGCUGCUUCUAGUGAGGCUUAGAUAAGAGAGUGGCAAUCGAAUUCUGGCUGCCUUGAGAAGGCACAGACAGCAAUAUUAAACAAAACGGAUACACACAGGAAGGAUUGGCACUUCAUUCACUGGGAGAAACCACCGACGGGUUGGACCAAAGUAAAUGUAGAUGGGGCGUCAGCAGGCAAUCCGGGGGUGGCUGGAGCUGGAGGGAUUAUGAGAAAUGAGUUCGGUAUAUGGAAAGGAGGGUUUGAGGUGAAUUUGGGAGUAGCUUCGAAUAUAGCUGCAGAGCUAUGGGGAAUCAUACAUGGACUAUGGUUGGCCUGGGAAGCUGGACAUAAGAGAGUGAUUGUAGAAACAGAUUCAAAAGCUGCGAUUUUGCUUCUGGACAAGCCACCUCACUUGAGCCCUUACUCUAAUCUGCUAAAACAAAUUGAUCAGUGGAGACACGAGGAAUGGGAGAUGAGGAUAUCGCAUAUUUGGCGGGAAGGAAACAAUAGUGCGGAUUGUUUAGCUAAAGAUAGCCUCAAUAAGGAGUCAGGGUUGUAUCAUUUACAGAGCCCACCGGAUAUAGUUCGGAGAUGGAUGAACUUGGAUAUUGUGGGAGUAACCACCCUCCGUUUAGUAUCUAUGUAUUGAGCUACUUAGCUCUCCUUGAUAACCAAAAAAAAUAUCAUAAGCAGCAAUACUUGGCACCAGGUAUGAGCAAUGUCACGCUGAUACAGAAUAACAGAGAUUAA